AUGGUCCAGACGGCCCCUUCCUGUGCAACCAAGGGUCGCGUGUGUCGGUUUCGAGCAAACUUGACCCAACCUCGGUGUUUUGGCCUGUAUUCCCUGCUGCUGAUCCGCAGCACGCGACGCAGCAUCCGGCGAGCUGGUCUCCAGACCAUCCAUCUCGACAGCCCCCGUACUAUGCUUUUCCAGACCCAAACUUUGGCUGGACACCGGGCAGUUGUCUAUUUUGUCUAUUUCCAGGACAUCAUCAAGGACCCCGCGGCCCCUCUUUUUACCCUUCGCCAUCCUGGCCGCCCGUGGCACCUCUCCCAUUCGCAAACCCUUGUUAUCAGCACUAUCACCUUCUUCGGCCCUGCGGAAACCAUAUACAUUCUAAAGAACCGACUGCCGCUGUCGAACUUCGAGAAAUAG